CUUUUUUAUUUCAAUGUUACUAUUCGUUGUGUUGUGAUUUCAAGUGCGGCAUAUGGUGGAACAACAUCUUGGUGGUCUGACAGCAUCCUUAAUGUUAUCGUUAAAAAACUAUCAUUUGAAUAUCUUAAUAUGACGGCGAACAAAGAAUGGAUUGUUGUGUGGUGCUGCUUGGUGGUAUUCUUAAUCCUUAUAGGAGAUUCUUCUUCUAUAAAAUUAGCGAAGAAAAAAAAAGAUAAACACUGGAAAGCUCGUGUAAUAAGCAACCAUUUGAAAACACACAAGACCCUAGAAGGUAUGGUAAGGCUGGUGGAUGCCGACAACGAAUAUGAAGGAAACGUAGAAAUCCUCCAUAUGGGCAAGUGGGGUGCAGUUUGUGAUGACGAAUGGGACGUACGCGACGGCCAAGUAGUCUGUCGGCAACUUGGUUUUGACCGUCUGCUUAAGGUCACGCAUAACUCUCAUUUCGGACAAACAACUAGAAGUUAUUGGAUGGACAAUAUAAGGUGCGGUGGUGAAGAAAAAGAGUUAUCAGAUUGUAGAUUUGAUAGCUGGGGUGAAAGUGACUGUGAUCCAUCCGAAGCUGCCGGUGUAGUGUGUGAAUCCUCCAACACUCAACAGAAUAUCACAACAACUGCACCUACAGAAAUACCACAAAAAAAAAUUAAAAAACAUAAAAUAAAAGACUCUGCUGGAUCAAACUUUGAAUUACGACUGGCUGGAGGUAGAGAACCACAAGAAGGUCGAGUUCAAGUCAAAACAAAAGAUGGAUGGGGAGUGAUUUGCGGUGAAGGUUUUGGCGUGCUCGAGUCAAUGGUAGUAUGUCGUUCUAUGGGCUUAGGAUAUGCAGCCGGCGGUAUCUAUCAGACAGAUCAGUUUGGAGGCUUAGAUGAUAUGAUUGCCUUGUCAGCAGUUGAAUGCAAAGGCGAUGAAUCCGGUCUCGAACAUUGUUAUCAUCAGCGUAGUGCUGACUGUGUUUCAAAGAAGAAGACCGUGGCAGCCGUCAUGUGUGUUACAGAAAUGGCUGAUCUCUCUAUAAAUGCUGAUGAAAUCAUUAGCUCAGCGUAUCUCGAAGACAAACAAAUGUACUUUUUACAAUGUGCAAUGGAGGAAAACUGCUUGGCGUCGUCUGCUUACCAAAUUCGACAAGAAGACAGUUAUAAUUGGCAUAUUAUAACCAGAAGAUUGCUACGUUUUACUGCCAAAAUAACAAAUGUAGGAACCGCCCCUUUCCGUCCGGCUAUACCUAAACAUUUAUGGCAGUUUCAUCAAUGUCACAUGCAUUAUCAUAGCAUGGAAGUAUUUGCCACUUUUGACGUGAUGGACAUGGGCGGUAUGAAGGUAGCUGAGGGACAUAAAGCGUCGUUUUGUUUGGAGGAUAACCAAUGCACUGAUGGAGCAAAACCAACGUUUGCUUGCGCUAACUACGGUGACCAAGGAAUAUCGGUAAACUGUUCGGAUAUUUAUCGCCAUAACAUUGACUGUCAGUGGGUGGAUAUUACAGAUCUCAACCCCGGAUUAUAUACGUUCAAAGUUUCGGUCAAUCCUGAGUACAAAAUUCCUGAAAUGACAUACACCAACAAUGCGGUAGUUUGUUCCAUGUACUAUUCCGAAACGUUUGUAAAAAUUCACGACUGCAUUAUCCAAAAUCCGUGAUAACACAUUUCUGUAUUGGAUAAUUACUUUUAAAAUUAAAUUGAACACACUUAAGUAAUUUCUUAUUUCAAUAAAUAGUUGCCUGGUAUUUUAUUGAUUUGUUAACAUCAAAUUAAAAUUAGCAAUAAAAUAUGCUAUCGUUCGAAUCCUAAUGAUUGAUGUAAGUUUUUUCUCAUUUGUUUUUCUAAGUACUAUAAUAAUAAUUAUCUUUUGAC